CUCCAAAUAUUUUUUCAAUAGCAGACCUAUUGCAACCUGUGCGCUCAUGAUCCAUUCAGAGCAUAUCGAGAACCCCAGGCUUUUCUUUGAGAGGCAUGACCCUUUGCGCGAAGCUCAAGAGCUUCUGCAGGAACUGCGUACUGGAGCAACGGUUCUACGGAGAGAGUGGAAUCCGCCAGCUCCUUCCCAAGAUCCUUUGGAAGGCAUAGUCUAUGAGCAGGAUGUGCCCUACCAGCCGUCGGCGCCCUACCAGCCGUAUCAGCCGUCGGUGCCCUACCAGCCGCAGGUGCCAAGAGGGCCCAGAAGGUUUAGUGCCCUGGACUCACGGGGCCGACCAUGCCGAUCUGGCCCGGUUCGUGCUGCGGCUGGCUUGCAGUUUCGGCAAUUGGCUGAACUUCAGAGCGGAAAGGAGAGAAACUACAGCCGGAAGAACAUCCUCCUGACGGAGCAGCGUGCCCAAGAAAACCGUUGUCCACACAAAGCCACCUGGGCUGGGCAGCUGCCGGAGGAGCUUCGACCUAGGUAUGAUCGCUUCUCUACAUUUCGCCAAGAGCAGGGAGACGGUCGCAGCUUGCCCCACGAACGUGGAGACUUGAGUGCCCGUCGGCAGAGAUAGCAUUGAUCAGCAGACGGAGACAGGUGAGGCUUGCAAUGGUUCCCCAAUGGUGGGAUUGCCUUUUCUUUAGUUCGUCCGGCCCUGAGAUUUGGGAGUACACAGUUGCUCUUUUUGUUCAAACACAACACCUGUGACCGACCUGUAUCGAAGAUCGGCACAAUCUGCCAUCUCAAAGGAGAAUCCAUGCCAGUUUCACCAUGCGAAUCGGGCAGCUCAGGGCAUCACGUGUGGCCGUAGUAAAGGUGAGGUGUUGGAGAGGUCAGGGUGAACGAACAGAUUGGGCCAGGAGGGGCUGUCAUUCAACACAUCUCAAUGCUUCAGGGUGUUGGUUGUCUUGGAGAUGUUGUAGUUUCCGAUGCCUUCAAGAGUCCUUCAAGGCUGAAGCUGAAGCUGUAUUCAGCCUUCCUGAAGUUUGUUGCCGAUUUGUCUCUUUCAUGGACUUGCAUUUGUAGCACAGGGCCAGGGGUAAUAUUAUUGAAUCUGCUUCUCCAUGCCACGGAGGAACCUGCACUGGAUCAAGGACACUCAAGGAAUUGGUUCGAUGUUCAGGCUUGAUCUCUACACUUGCCAUCGGAAGGUUCCACCAAAUUUGGCCAGCCGCACAUCAACUUGCAGUAGCAGGGACAACUCACCUCAAAAGAGAACGCUCUAGGUCAACAAGUGACUCUCUUCUGGCAUUUUCUCGCAUACUUGUUGACAGGUUGCCAUGGCAUGAUUUCCAAAGGCACGUUGAAUUCACGCUGAAUGGUAGACGUGCACUGGACCAAACGCAGCUGUUGUCAUUUGGUAUUGGUUCUGGCUACUUGGAGUAUACCCGCUGUGGUCUUCGUUUGGUCGGAGAGCACGGUGCCGUUCGUGGGCUUACAAGCCCUUCCGGGACGAGCCCAGAGCCCAGCCUUUCUUGAGCCCACUGUUGCUCCAGUGGCAGAGCGGCCUUUUAUCGAGAACUUCAGGCCAUUUGAUAGGUCGAAUCUCACUACAAUCACUACAGUCUCCACCACUUGUUCCAGUGCACUGCCCAGUAAAAGCUCUGUAAGGACGGUCUACAUCAGUUCUGUCUAUGGUUGGCCCACCGCCGGUCUGCUGCCAAGUUGCCCGGUGCCGUGCCACGUCACCCGCGACGCACGCCUCUGGCGCAGCGCCGAUGUCAUUGUGUGGAACCUCCGGUGGUUGACGAGCUCUCCCCAGUUCAUGGGCGCGACUCCUUCGUCGAAGCCUCGCGGGCAGCGUUGGGUGGCCAACUACGACUUCGAGGCACCGGUGCACCAGCCGCAGCGCUUGAUGGCGGAGCUUGGGAGAGGGAUCGAUUGGACCGCUGGCUUUCAGACUGGAAGCGAUUUUGCCAAGCCCCACAUGAAACUGGCUCCACUGCAAGAGCCGGGAAUGGUGGAGAAGAGGAACUUUGCGGAGGGCAAAGAUCAAUUGCUCUUGUGGUUUGUGAGCAAUUGCGGUCCCAAAGACCGCAUCAAUGUCUUCCAGCACCUUGCAUCAUAUCUUCCAGCCUCCAAAGUCCAGAGGUUUGGAAAAUGUGGUGGUGCUUUCAAAGAUCCUUGCGGUAAUCGUUUCAACGUCUCGUGCUUGAAGACAUCCACACGCCGCUUCAAGUUUUAUGCAGCCUUCGAAAACACUCGCUGUGACGGGUAUAUCACUGAAAAGUUCACCCAUGGUUAUCAAUUUGGCAUGGUACCUAUUGCUUGGGGUGGUUUGAGUAGAGCUGACUAUGAGAAGGUGGUACCGGGAAGCUCCUUCAUCCAUGUGGAUGAUUUCAAAGAUUACAAGGCUUUGGCUAACUACCUGCUAAAGCUGGACGCAGACGAUGCUAGCUACAACAAGUACUUUGAAUGGCGAACGCAAUACCGCAUGGUGGACAGGGACGAGAUUUGGGAUAAUGUCACAUGCAACCUUUGCAUGGAAGCUCAGAAGCCUUGGCGCGAGCAAAAGCGAUCCAGAAGUGAUUGGAACAAGGGCUUCUUUGGAAGAUGCAAGACGUGACUAGCAAAAAGACCGGACCAGGAGUUUGUAAGCGGACGGUUUUUUUGGCAGGUGCCUCAUACACGGAAGAACUCACGAUCCUGACAUUGUGCGGUGUUGGUAGAAACAAUAGAGCGAACCUAGGAGCCAUGGCCCCCAACCUCACAGCCAUGGCCCCCACCCUAUUAGCCAUGGCCUCCAACCUAAUAGCAAUG